UUAUUAUUAAUAUAUUCAUGCUACAUGAAUGUUUAUCGUUGAAUUGCAUUAAUCUUUAUUUCCACAUUUUGUUCUGCAUUUUUAAAAAUUCCAUAUGCAUAAUUAAAAAAAUAAAUAUUUUAUGCAAUUAGUUAUAGUUUCAGUUGUGGAAAAAAAAACACUCUUUCUUUCGUUUAAUGAUAAAGUUAUCUUCAGAUUUCUUAAAAUAAUAACAGUAAAAAAAUGACUGCUGUAGCAGAUGAUUACAAAGUAAUAUUAAAAAGUGUUAAGAAAUCAAGUGAUCUGGGUAGUAAAAUGAGUAAAGAUUCCUUACUUGAAUAUGUAUCAUCUCUUGCAAAUUCUGAAUUUAUAAAUCGAAGGAAAACAAUGAAAACUUCAUAUAAUAAAGAGCUUGACCAAAGAGUUUAUGAAUGGUAUGUGAGUGAGACACGAAAAGGAGAGAUUCUCUCUGGUCCAGAUAUAUGUAAUAAAGCAUUAGAAAUGAAUAAUAAUUUAGGUGGUUCCUCAGACUUUAAAGCCAGCACAGGAUGGUUAAAAAAUUUUAAGUACCGUCAUGGUAUAAGCUUCACUGGAGGUAAUUCAACAUUUCAAGUAGAUGGGCAAAAUUCUGUUGAAAGAAUGCCAGCAUCAUUUUCUGACAAUAUUCAGAAAUCUUCUAUUUCUUCUUAUAAUGGUGCAAUUGAAACUACUUCUUAUAAGAAAAGAAAACAUGUUAUGUUGAGUUUAAAAGAUAAACUUGAUAUAAUUAACAGACUUCAUAAAGGUGAAGCAGCUACAAAUUUAGCCAGAGAAUAUAACAUUGGGAAAUCUACUGUAAAUGAUAUCAAAAUGAAACAAGAUGCAUUAUUAAAUUAUGUAAGCUCUUUUCCAAAUUGUGAUAAUAUGCAUAGAAGAAAAACCAUGAAAUCUGCUUUUAACAAAGACUUAGAUAGAGCUGUUUAUAAAUGGUACACAGAGUGUCUAAAAAAUGGAUUGCCUGUAUCUGGUCCUACAAUUUGUGAUAAAGCUUUAGAACUCAAUAAAGAAUUUGGUGGAGAUCCAGAAUUCAAAGCUAGUAGUGGCUGGCUACAAAACUUUAAAAUUCGUCAUGGUCUACAUUUCUCUGUGAGCGGAAAUGGAAAAGAUAAUUUUAGUGAUUUCAAUCCUCAAGAUUUAUAUCCUGAUAUUUAUUUAGAAGAGGGAAAUGCCAACUCUUCUGAAUGUGAUAGUAUUCAUUCCAAUCAAAAUGUUCUUCCAAAUUGUGAUGUUAUUAUAAAUGUUUCCCAUGGAAAUAAUAUUUCUUAUAAAGACACGGAUGAGAGCAACAUUUCUUAUAAAGAUACUUGUGAAAAUGACAUUUCUUAUAAUGAUACUGAUGACAAUAAUGUUUCUUUCCAUGAUAUGUCUGAACAAACAUCUGUUAAAAAUGAACUGGUCCAUGCUUUCAAAACUGUUAUAGGAUGGGCCAAGAGACAAAAAGAAUGUUCUUCAUCUGAUGUGAUAAAUCUUUUAAAAUUGCAUGAACUAGCAUGUGUGAAAGGAACAUCUGAGAUUUCUAGUUUUAACGAUUCUGAACUAGUAAACUGUAAAAUUGAAAAAUCUGAUAAUGGAAAAAGAGAUGAAUCAAUUUCAGUUGAACAAAUGUAUGAAAUUGAUAGAUGUGUUAAAUGGAUCAAAGAUAAAAGAUUUUCAAAGAUUGCUUUACAAUUUCCUGAGAAUAUGUUAAGUGAUGCUCUUACUGUUUCUUUAAAAUUAGAAGAGAUGACAGAGAGACAAACAUUUGUACUUGCAGAUAUUUCACAUGGGAGUUGCUGUGUAAAUGAAAUAUCUGCUGAGCAUAUAUCAGCUGAUGCAGUUAUUCAUUAUGGUCAUGCAUGCUUAAGUCCGCCAAAAUACCUCCCAGUGCUAUAUGUGUUUGGGAAACAAGUUAUUGAUAUUCAAGAUACUAUAGAUGCCUUCCAAAAAAUGUUUCCAGACAAAAAAAGUCAUGUGAUUUUAUUUUAUGAAGUAAUGUAUUCACAUGCUAUAGAUUCUCUUGUUGAGCAGUUGAAAGAGUAUGAUAACUUAAUUGUAUCUAGAUUGGAAAUUCCUGGUGAAGAUACCCAAAUCUUCAGAGCUUCAGAGGAUAAUGAAAAAUCUCUUUUGACAAAAUUACAUAGGCAUCUUCUUAUUCCUUCAGAACUAUCAUUAAACAGCUACAAAGUAUUUUAUAUUGGUACAAGACCUGCAACUCUGACAAAUUUCAUGUUAACGUUCAAGAAUUCUCUGUUUUAUUCAUACAAUCCUGUACAGAAAUUUACACAAAUUGAAAUAUUAGAUGUCAACAUACAUUUAAGAAAACGGUACUGCUAUAUCAGAAAGGCUAAAGAUGCUAACAUAAUAGGUAUUCUGGUUGGCACUAUUAAGGCUUCAGAACAUAUGACUAUCAUUACAAAUUUAAAUAAACUAAUUAAACAGGCUGGCAAAAAGUCACAUACUCUUGUUGGUAAAUUAAAUAACAUAAAAUUAACAGAUUUUUCUGAAAUUGAGAUUUUUGUCAGUGUUGCUUGUUCAGAAUCCUCCUUGACUGAAACCAGAGAUUUUCAUCAACCAAUAAUUACUCCUUUUGAGCUUGAAAUUGCAUUAAAUCAAGCCCGACUGUGGACAGGAGAUUAUAUUUCAGAUUUUGCAGAAUUACUUCCAGGAGCAGCAAAUUAUGUACAUUCAGUGCGAAAUACAGAAGUGAAGCCCGAGAUUGAUGUGGAAUCAACUAAUUAAAUUAAUGAUUUGAAAUCAAUUUAUUGUUCAUUAAAAAACUGAGAGGGGAAUUUUUAGUUCAAAGAAGUGGAAAGAAGUGAAUUACUUUUACCAGAAAAACAUUUUAUAAAACAAAUUAUUUUUUAACACUGUGAUUUCUGGUUUUAUACAUCAUUGUUAAUGUUACAUGUAAUAAACUACAGAAGUUUGUCACAUUUAAGACAAUAAAGAUUUAUUUACUUAUGCUA